UAGCUUGCUUGCUGUGAUACAUGCAUGUAGUAAAUUAAUUAUGACAAACUUAUCUUUACAAUCAAUGGGAACUUCAGCAUUUUAGGUUUUGAAUUUCGAUAAUUCUUAAAAAUAAUUCAUCACUCAUAAUCCACAACAUCACACACAACACAAUACGUGCUCAUGUAUAUCAGCGUGUAUUGUGUGAUGUUAUCCGUCUGGAUAUACCAAUUACUAACCGUAAUAGAACUUCAAGUACUCUUGACACCCAAGUUCAAACCUCGCACUAAUUUCGAACUUGUUUUUCAUUUCCGACCUCUUCCUCCCUUUCAAAAUGUAAACGCCAUUGAAGGUUUUUACCAAGAAAAAAAAAUAUAUAUAUAUAGGUGGCUACUUCGGUGCACUCACUUUUUUGGGUGCGUUCAAUGCACCCAACUCUAAAAGUGGCUAUAAUACAUCAAAUUUGAAUUUUUUUUUUAUUGGUAGCAUGAGUCUAGUAUGAUGAUAUAAUAUAAAAUCUCAACUAAUCAAUCCAUUACCCUGACCCCUUAACCUUCAAUUUUGAAUCUCAAACCAAAAUCCCAAAUUGUAAACCUAAACCCUAAAUCAUUAAAUCCUAAAUUCUUCAAAUUAAAGAAAAUCGGGAAUGAGAUUUUUGCAAAUUCACGUGUUUCUUGUUCAUAAUAUCAUAAGCUACACUUGAUACCGCUUUGACAUGAAUUGCAUGCUUGGAAUGACAAUUAUGAGGCGGGUGCAUUGAGUGCACCGUAAAAAAUGGGUGCACCGAAUAUACCACCGUAUAUAUCUAUAUAUCAUCUAAUGAUCGGUGCCACUAGUGGCUAGGUUCAUCAAUAAUGUGCCACUAGCUAGAGAAAAGGAGAUCGAGAGACGAGAAUGAAUCUUUCUUCCUCUCCCGGCCCACUCCGCGUUGGAACUUCCUCGUCAACCAGAUUUAGAAGUAUUAUUAUUAUUAUUACCACAUGCAAUAAUAAAACCAUUAAUAAUCAAACGUGACGAGAAAAGAACAAAAAAGGCCCCAACUGCCUCUCACCUUCCCCCUCCAAAUUCCAAACCCCAACUCGUCCAUAUUAUCUCGGUCGUCUACGACUUGCAUUGAAACCCACCACCCUUUGAAAAUUCCCACUCCACCCUACUAAUAAUAAUAAUCUUCUUCUUCUUCUUUAGUCAGCUUUCUACCAAACCCUCCUAUAUAAAUCCACCACCACCCUCUUCUUCCCAUUUCCCCACUACACAAACACCAAAUCCAAUCCUUACCCACCAAUCUACCUCCAAUUUCGAGCAAACCCUUUUCCUCUCUUGGCGAACUUUCAUGAUCUCUCUGAUCUUGUGGGUUCUUCUCCCAGCAGCUUUCGCUCUCCUGUUUCGCAACUUCCGUUCACUGUUCCUCGAGAGAAACACCACAGUACUAGAAAACAACAACAACUCGGCAACAAUAAUGUUGACUGCUUCCCCGCCGUCGCCGUCCUUCUCCGUUGCUACACCGGGGAGGAUGAGUGCUAGUACUGCUGCUACUACGGUGGUGGUGCCGGUGGCGGAGAAGAAGAAGGCGGUGAAAGUGAAGGCGGUGGUGACGGUGAAGGAGACGACGGGUGGGUUCCUUGGGAUUGGGAUGGACGAUAUUUCCGACUUCAUUGGGAAAGCACUCAAGUUGCACCUCGUCAGCGCACAACUUCAUCUUGAGACGGGGUUGGAGAAGCCUCUUAUCAAAUCGCGUACUAAGAAAGUGAGCGAGAAGAAUGGAGAAGUCAAGUACGCGACGGAACUUGAAGUCCCAGCUGAUUUCGGAGAAGUUGGUGCUGUGAUUGUGGAGAACGAGCACUAUAACGAGCUGUUUCUCAUCGACAUCGUGCUCGACGGCUUCGAAAAUGGUCCGGUCAAAGUGAUUUGUGACUCUUGGGUUCAUCCCAGGUCUAAGGACUCCAAGAACAGGGUUUUCUUCACUGCCAAGUCGUACUUGCCGUCGGAAACGCCGAACGGCCUCACCAGGUACCGCGCUGAAGAGCUGAGCCUCCUGCGAGGAAAUGGCGAAGGAGAGCGCCAGCAAGGAGAUCGGAUCUACGACUACGAUGUCUACAACGACCUCGGAAAGCCCGACAACAAUCCGGAUCUCGCCCGACCCGUUCUCGGCGGCAAAGAACACCCUUAUCCUCGCCGGGUCCGCACCGGCCGUCCCCGAACGGAAACCGAUCCGUCGUCGGAGACGGGGAGCUCCAAUUUCUACGUUCCGCGAGACGAGGAGUUCUCGCAGUUGAAGCAGUCGGGAUUCUCGGCCACGACGACGGCAGCGGUGCUACGCGCGGUGGUUCCGGCGGCGGAGACAAUAUUCAUCGAUCGGAAUUUAGGGUUUCCUCACUUGACCGCCGUUGAUUCGAUGUACGAUCAAGGUAUCAACCUGCCUCCUCGCACGAAGGAUUCGCCCUGGACAGACAUCAUCCCCAGGCUAGUUAGGACCGUCGUUGAUAGCGCCGAUGACAUUCUGCAGUUCGUGGUCCCCGAUUCGAUGAAGAGGGACAGAUUUUUCUGGUUGAAAGAUGAGCAGUUUGGCAGGCAGACUCUUGCUGGUGUCAAUCCUUGCUCCAUAGAACUGGUCAAGGAAUGGCCAUUGAAGAGUAAGCUUGACCCAGAGAUUUAUGGUCCAGCAGAAUCUGCAAUUACAACCAAGAUUGUUGAGCAGCAAAUUAGAGGCUUCAUGACCCUUGCUGAGGCUAUGGACCGAAAGAAGCUAUUCAUGUUGGAUUACCAUGACCUACUGCUACCCUUUGUGGGACUGGUGAGGCAGCAGGAAGGAACUACACUGUAUGGAUCACGAGCAUUGUUCUUCCUCACUCCGGUAGGCACAUUGAAGCCGGUGGCGAUCGAGCUGGUCAGGCCGCCGUCCAAGGAAGAUGGGAAGCCUCAAUGGAAGCGAGUCUUUACACCAGCGAAUUGCUCUGCCACUGAGGAGUGGCUUUGGAAGCUGGCAAAAGCUCACGUCCUGGCUCAUGAUUCUGGCUACCAUGAGCUAGUUAGCCACUUUCUGAGAACGCAUGCUUGCUUAGAGCCGUACAUCAUCGCCACGAAUCGCCAGCUGAGUGCUAUGCACCCUAUUCACAGGCUAUUGCAUCCUCACUUCCGUUACACCAUGGAGAUCAACUCUUUGGCUCGCCAAGCUCUGAUCAGUGCUGGUGGCAUCAUUGAAUUGGCCUUCUCUCCUCUCAAACACGCCAUGCAGCUCGGUUCUGCAGUUUAUGACCAGAGAUGGCGGUUCGACUAUGAGGCUCUUCCCAAGGACUUAAUCAGGCGGGGAAUGGCCGUGGAAGACCCAUCGGCACCACACGGCCUGAAGCUUACAAUCGAGGACUAUCCAUAUGCCAGCGACGGCCUAAUCCUAUGGGACGGCUUACACCAAUGGGUCUCGGACUACGUCAACCACUACUACCCUGAUCCAUCCCUCGUCUCCUCCGACGUCGAGCUCCAAUCCUGGUGGACAGAAAUCCGCACAGUCGGCCAUGGUGACAAGAAAGACGAGCCAUGGUGGCCAUCUCUCGCCACCCCAUCCGACUUAAUCGAGAUCGUCACAACCAUAGCAUGGACUGCAUCAGCGCAACACGCAGCAGUCAACUUCGGCCAGUACGCCUACGGUGGCUACUUCCCCAACAGGCCUUCCAUCGCCAGAACCAACAUGCCGACGGAGGAUCCCACCGACGAGGCAUGGAAGCAGUUCAUCGAUACCCCCGAGAAGGUGCUCCUCGAGAUGUUCCCGUCCCAGUUCCAGGCCGCGGUGGUGAUGGCCAUCCUGGACGUCCUGUCGAACCAUUCUGUCGACGAGGAGUACAUCGGGCAGGUGAUGGAGCCCGCUUGGGGCCACGAUGCGGUGAUCAGGGCGGCGUUCGAGAGAUUCCACGGCAGGAUGAAGGCGCUGGAAGUGGUGAUUGAUGCGAGGAACGCGAAUGAGAAGUUGAGGAACAGGAAUGGUGCUGGUGUUUUGCCGUAUGAGCUGCUGAAGCCGUUUUCCGAGCCUGGUGUUACUGGUAAAGGUGUCCCCUACAGUACUUCCAUCUGAUCAUCUCCAUAACUCCCCAGAUUUCUACAUAGAGAUUCCAGAGUUGGACUGUGUAUACAUAAUAAGGGUCAUAGGCCGAUUGCAUUUGACUUGUCUUGUUAAUUUUGUUCAUCUCAAUUCGUUUUUAAUUACUGCAAUGUAAACAGUUUGUCCAAUGUAACUUAAUUAAUGUAAUUCUGUUAAUGAAGAUUCCCACCCAGUUUUUUUAGUAUUAAGUUCUAAAUUCUAACUACCACUGUAAAUGCCUAGUAGUCAGUCAUGAUAACUGGGUCUGCGUGCUAACAGAGCUUUGGUGCAAUAAUUUGCUUACGUCGUU